CUCCUCUUGAACGCUACCAUGUUCACAGUGAAAGCCACUUACAGAAAUGAGACUCGCAAGUUCUCUUUUUCAGGGAAUGUCUUGUUCCCUACAUAUGAGGAGCUUUAUCAUCAGCUUUAUCGCAUAUUUCCUAUAAGCCAUAAUUAUUAUCUUUCUAAACUCAUCUUCUCUCCUGACGCGUCUAAGCCGGGUCGUGUUCUAGUUGGAAAGGAAGUCCAUAACGCAGAGGAGUACAGCACUCGUAUCGCCCCUUUACGCAGGCGCUGGCCCAAUCCAUUGCUCAGGUUCUCUAUCUUCGACGAGAUCCCCAAUAUGGCACCCAGUUCAACCGUCGAGGAUUCCCAGGAGGCUCCUAGUCUUUUGUCCUUCAUGGCGAUCCCCCCGCCUCCUGUACUUCUGACGUCUCCUGCACCAUACAAUCUCUCUCUCACUCCAUUCGUCGAAACACAGUUCCGAGAGAUGCCCCAUAAACCGGAUCAUCUACCACCACUUCCUUCCAGACCAUUUUCUAACUUUGAACGUCCCAGUUUCUUCACGCCUCCAAUCUCGCCUUCGUUCUUUCCGCCGCCGCCCCCACCCGUCAUUUACGGAGAACCGUCAGCUCUUCCUAAGUAUCUUCCCAGUCUUCCUUCCCUCUCGCCCCAAGUAGUCUCCCCUCAGCCAUGUUGCUCGGUUGCCAAAGGGAAGUCGGAGAUCGAAGCUCUCUUGGCUUCUUUUCGGAUAGAUUUCGAACGUAUCAUGAUCAAUAGUUUUGGCCCCGAAUACAAUUCUACAGCACAAGUCGAUACGUCCCAUCAUCAGAUCCCUGUUGACGCAGGAGCAUCCAACGAGGCUCCUCGCGCAUCGUCAGAGGCACCGUGCAAUCCAGCGAACGCUUCAACGGAACCUCCUUCAUCAGAGUGGUGUCAUGUCUGCAGGAACGAGUUCUCUGGAAGCUGUUAUGGAUGUGUGAAAUGCUCGUGGCACAUCGUUUGUCCAAGCUGUUUCUCCAAAUCUGGUGCUAUGCACACGUUCUGUUUUGGGCCAACUCACAUUGUCCAGCAGCGUGAAGUUACGCCGCCAAUUGCCGUUGCACCGUUAGUCGUGGAAGCACCCGCAGAGUCUCAGUCUACCGGAACUGAGCCUGUUGGUGUCGAGCCUAUUCACCGAAAUAUAGUUUGUGACAGCUGCAACGAAAUCAUUGUCGGCGUCAGGCAUAAAUGCUUGGACUGUCCUGACUAUGAUCUAUGCACGUCCUGUAUCGAGUCAGGUGCUACAGAGAAGCACAACUCUUUCCAUGAAUUCUUCGAUAUUGAAACGCCCGGACGGGUGUUCGUUCACACGGUCUUUAGUGGAAGCGGGGAGCGCGACGCUUCUGCAACUAGUCGUAGUGCUACAGCAGAUAGCCCUCGUACCUCUGCGGCCACUUCGGCCAGCACCACGGAGGCUGUUCGUCACUGCGCUUCUUGCAAUUUGUGCGAUUCUCCCAUUGUCGGCGAUCGCUUCAAAUGUGUCGAUUGUCCAGAUUUUGAUACUUGUGCUGAUUGCUUCAAGAUUACUAAAGAGCAGCAUCCCAAUCACAGCUUUGUGCGGGUGAGCAAGACGAGUGACUUCAUGAUGCGCUAUGCAGCUUCCAACAUGGUUACUCAUUACGCGACGUGCGAUUCUUGCCGGAAGGCCAUUCGUGGUGUCCGUUUUAAGUGCAUGCAUCCUAGCUGUCCUGAUUUCGACCUGUGCCAGAAUUGCGAGGCGCUCCCUAUCCCGGUCCACCCUUCCAUUCAUCCAUUGCUGAAGAUGAAGACUCCAGGCACUGUUGUCCCCACCGUGCGCAGAGACGGGUUGACUAACCAGGUUCAGCCCCAAGGCAAACGCCAGGGGAACACCCCUCCUCAGACUGUCGAAUCUCAUCUUCCGAAAUCUCCGCCCGUUUCUGUAUCACGCACCGCCUCCGAACGCUCCGUGACAAAAGAACAGGAGGUUGUUCCCGAGUCUCUGAGUCCCCUUGCCAUAUUACCACAGUGCCCUGACUGCGUCAGUGCAAACCCCGUCGCCACCUGGGGUUAUGGUCUAACUCCUGCUAAAUUACCGCAGUUUUCGCAGUCUCCUGCCGCUAACUGCGAAGAAACUUCCUUGUCUUCCACCGACGGACGCAUCAGCGAUUUGGUCCAGACAGUCAGGCCUGCCGAGUCCCAACAAUCUUCCGCCGUCGAUCGUGAACAAUUUACCUCACCUCACAGCAACUUGGUCCAGACGAUCACUACUGCUGAGGUUAACUCGCCACCCCUCGACUUGAGCCCUUCACUUGACAUCUUUCGUGAAGUUUGGCCAAGUGUGAAUCGGGAAAUGAAACACCUUACUGAAGCGAGACGAUCUGAAGUAGAUUCGUCUAGUUCUGUGGCUGAUUCGGAUAAGGGUGGUGAAACCGAUCUGGUCAACCUGCUGGAAACUACUGAUACUCUCGCCAACACAACGUGCCCUGAAGAAUCUGCGGAGUCGCUCCUCAAGGAAGUGUCGCCUGUUAUUCCGACACUUUGCUUCGAUGUUCCGCCGAUGAUAGAGCCACUCCUUUCUGCAGACAGAGAUCUUGCUGCACUUCUCCGUGGUUACCGUACACCAUCUCCUUUCGCUUCUGAAGCACCCGCUCCAUCUUGUACGACUUUCUCUGCCCUCCCUGAUAGCGUUUUGGAUGAACAAUCAGCUGUCGCGCCCAGCGCAGAACAGGCGCGACUUCCCCCUCUCAGCUGUGCUUUUGUGUCCGACACGACAGUUCCUGACGGUCAGAUCUUUCCACCUGGUGCUGAGUUCGUUAAGUCAUGGCGGAUGUUAAACGAUGGGGAGAAGCCUUGGCCAGAGACGACCGAACUUCAUUUCGUUGCCGGGGAGUCUUUUUCACCUGAAGUUGAAACCUCGAUGGUUGCCAAAGUAGGACGUGUUGAUCCCGGAGUCAAUCUUGAUGUGUGGACUGGUGACCUAAAGGCACCCGAUGCUCCUGGUAGAUACGUUGGCUACUGGAGGUUGACGAACGGCGCAGGUGAAAGUUUUGGCGCCAACAUCUGGAUUGAUGUUACUGUCACCGAGCCUCGUCAGUCGGUUGAUGAAGCUGAGGACCAUUCUUUGGCAUCAUCCUCGAUGGUCAUGCCAAAGUCAUCAUCGAACAACAGGUCUAUAAUUUCUGCUGGCCCCCUUGGUGACUUAUUUGAACCAUCAUAUCCUUCGACGUCCAAACCUGCGACGGACGUAAUGGAUGAUGGAGACUCUGAUGGAUCGUCAGUAUCGUUGGUCAGCGUCCCUUCGUCUGAUGACUAUGGAUCCGACUGGCAAGAUACGCGUUCCCAGCCUGAGAACCUUGAGUAUGUUGUGCUGUACGACAGCAAUGGGUCAGAGGACGAGUAAAGAUGAUCGAUAACUGUGUAUGCUUUCUAUUUAUGAUGUGUUUAUAUGCAGCGGCAGCCGCCUUGUUAACGUGUACUAUUACAAGCUGAUUUGAAUUGAGUCUAGACUUUGUACAAAGAGGC